AUGGCCGUUCAGGACAGGACCGUGCUCAUCCUCUACGGGUCAGAGACUGGCAAUGCUCAGGACGUGGCCGAGGAGCUUGGGCGAGUCUGCCAGAGGCUCCACUUCAAGAGCCGAGUUGAGGAGUUGGACGCGGUAGAUCUGAAUGCCCUCUUGCAGCAUAGGUUUGUGAUAUUCGUCAUAUCAACCACCGGUCAGGGUGAUAUGCCACACAACUCGCUCCUCUUCUGGAAGAGACUGCUCCGCAAGAAGCUGCCCCCAGGAUGUCUGUCUUCUGUUCAGUACACAACCUUUGGUCUGGGCGAUAGCACUUAUCUCAAGCGCUUGGAGCAACUUGGCGCUACAACUUUCAUUGAAUCCUUUGAGGCUGAUGAACAGUUUCCUGAUGGAAUUGACGGCAGCUUUGUUCGCUGGUCCGAAACCCUCUCCAAACACCUCCUGGAGCACCACCCUCCACCAUUUGGUCUCAAGCCCAUACCCGACAAUGUUAUCCUCCCUGCCAAGUGGUCUCUUAGCAAUGCCUUGGAAAAUAGCCAAGUUGUCAACGGCCACUAUUCGCCGCAACUCUCAGAGUUACCUCCUGCCUCACUACUCCCCAUUCCCAACGGCUGGACCGCCACUCUAGCCGACAACGUCAGACUUACGCCCGAAACUCACUGGCAGGAUGUUCGACUUGUCUCCUUUGACAUACCCAGGCGGGAGGGAGUCAAACUCCAGUGUAAUCCAGGGGACUGCCUCACCGUCUACCCCAAGAACUUCCCCCAAGACGCUCAGAAGCUCAUCACCCUCAUGGGUUGGGAUGACAUCGCCGACAGGCCCCUCGACCUAUCCCUCUGCGACUCCCUCCCGCAGAAUCUCUACAUAGACCCCAAGUGCACACUCAGGGAGAUUAUCCUCAACAACAUCGACUUCACCGCCAUCCCUCGGAGGUCCUUCCUAAAGAGCAUGUCCUACUUCUCCACCAACCCCGACCACAAGGAGCGUCUCCUCGAGUUCACUAUGACCGAGUAUCUCGACGAGUAUUUUGACUAUGCCACACGAUCUAGGCGGUCGAUCCUUGAGGUCCUUGAGGAGUUCACGUCGGUCAAGCUCCCGGCUGAGCGUGUCCUUGACAUCUUCCCCCUUAUUCGCGGCCGGGACUUUAGUAUUGCCAACGGCGGGAUUAAACUGAACCAUCCAACCGAUGAGAAUAUCACCCGCGUUGAGCUCCUCGUCGCCUUAGUCAAGUACCGCACAAUCCUCCGCAAACCUCGCCAAGGCCUCUGCUCUCGCUACCUGGAGAACCUCCCUGUAGGCUCCUCUCUAACCGUAACCCACAAGCCUGUCCUCUCCCCCAUCCACGGCCCGCAAAACGCCCAGCGUCCCCUCGUCGCUAUCGCUACUGGCACCGGCCUCGCCCCAAUCCGGGCUCUCAUCCAUGAGCGCCUGACCCACCCCUCGCGAGCGCCCAUGCACCUCUUCUUCGGCAACCGAAACCGCGAUGCCGACUACUUCUUCCAUGACGAAUGGGACGCUGCCGUGCGUGAUGGGAACCUCGACGUAUUUCUUGCUUUUUCGCGAGACCAAAGAACCAAGAUUUACGUCCAAGACCUCCUACGUGAAGAGGCGAAGCGUCUGGAGGGUCCGAUAAUGGACAAUGGCAUCUUCUGCGUUUGCGGUGGCUCAACCAAGAUGGCAGAUGCAGCCAAGAGAGCCGUCUUUGAUCCCUUCUCAGAGGGCGCCGAGGAUGUCGAGGAACGCAAAAAAGUCUUGUCCACGUUGACGUGGUGGCAAGAGAUCUGGUAG